CGGGCAGUGGCUCCUGGAAGAAGAACAAGUGUGGGAAAAGGGAGAGGAAACCGGAGCUAAAUGACAGGAUGCAGGCGACUUGAGACACAAAACGAGAACCGUUUCUCUUGGAUCAAGGCAUUGCCUAGCUGCUUCCCGUUCUCCCAGACGGGCUGGAGGAUUUUACAGCUCCAAGCAGAGUUGGAGCGCUUUGGAUUUUUUAGAUUACUCCGUUUGCUAUAUUUUCCCUCCACGAUCUCGUUCUCCCGCUUCUGCCUAGAGAUCCGAAGAAGGUAGAAUGGAGAGAGGACUGCUGCUCCUCUGCGCCGCGCUCGCCCUCGCCCUGGCCAGCGCUUUUCGCAACGAUAAAUGUGGUGGUACUAUAAAAAUUGAAAACCCUGGGUAUCUUACAUCUCCUGGUUAUCCUCAUUCUUAUCACCCAAGUGAAAAAUGUGAAUGGCUGAUUCAGGCCCCGGAACCAUACCAGAGAAUUAUGAUCAACUUCAACCCCCACUUCGAUUUGGAGGACAGAGACUGCAAGUAUGACUAUGUGGAAGUCAUCGAUGGAGACAAUGCAAACGGACGCUUAUGGGGAAAGUUCUGUGGAAAGAUAGCUCCUUCUCCUGUAGUGUCUUCAGGGCAGUUUCUUUUUAUCAGAUUUGUCUCUGACUAUGAGACCCAUGGCGCAGGAUUUUCCAUACGUUAUGAAAUUUUCAAGAGAGGUCCUGAGUGUUCCCAGAACUACACAACACCUAGUGGAGUCAUAAAGUCCCCCGGAUUCCCCGAAAAAUAUCCCAACAGCCUGGAAUGCACUUAUAUUAUCUUUGCGCCAAAGAUGUCAGAGAUUCUCCUGGAAUUUGAAAGCUUUGACCUGGAACCAGACUCCAAUCCUCCAGGGGGGAUGUUCUGUCGUUAUGAUCGGCUAGAAAUCUGGGAUGGAUUUCCCGACGAAGUAUUCACUGCAUACAGUGAAACCUAUGAGAGCCAGAACCCAACGGGGCUGCCUUGUUUUUCCAGGUCGCGCAAAUUUUCCGCCUUUGGCAAGGUAGACUUGGGCCUUCUACGCUUCGUCACAGCUGUUGGGACACAGGGAGCCAUUUCAAAGGAAACCAAGAAGAAAUAUUAUGUCAAGACUUACAGAGUAGACAUCAGCUCCAAUGGGGAAGACUGGAUCACCAUAAAAGAAGGAAGUAAACCUGUUAUCUUUCAGGGGAACACCAACCCCACAGAUGUUGUGUUUGGAGUUUUCCCCAAACCACUGAUAACUCGAUUUGUCCGGAUCAGACCUAUGACUUGGGAAACUGGUAUAUCUAUGAGGUUUGAAGUCUAUGGAUGCAAGAUAACAGAUUAUCCUUGCUCUGGAAUGUUGGGUAUGGUGUCUGGACUCAUUUCUGACUCCCAGAUCACAGCAUCAAACCAAGCGGACAGAAACUGGAUGCCUGAAAAUAUUCGCCUGGUCACGAGUCGCUCUGGCUGGGCACUGCCACCCUCAUCUCAUCCCUAUGUAAACCAGUGGCUCCAAGUAGACCUGGGGGAAGAGAAGAUUGUGCGGGGCAUCAUCAUUCAGGGCGGGAAGCACCGGGAGAACAAAGUGUUCAUGAGGAAAUUCAAGAUCGGGUACAGCAACAACGGCUCUGACUGGAGAAUGAUCAUGUCUGACAGCAAGCGCAAGGCCAAGUCUUUUGAGGGCAACAACAACUAUGACACACCUGAGCUGAGAACUUUUCCACCUCUUUCCACACGAUUCAUCAGGAUCUACCCCGAGAGAGCCACUCAUGGCGGACUAGGGCUAAGGAUGGAGCUGCUGGGCUGUGAAGUGGAAGUUCCUACAGCUGGACCGACCACUCCCAAUGGGAACCCAGUCGAUGAAUGUGAUGACGACCAGGCCAACUGCCACAGUGGAACAGGGGGUACCACUGUGCUGACCACAGAAAAGCCAACAGUCUUAGACAGUACAAUACAAUCAGAAUUUCCAACAUAUGGCUUUAACUGUGAAUUUGGCUGGGGCUCUCACAAGACAUUCUGUCACUGGGAACAUGACAAUCAUGUGCAACUCAAAUGGAGUGUGUUGACCAGCAAAACCGGCCCAAUCCAGGAUCACACAGGAGACGGCAAUUUCAUCUAUUCCCAAGCUGAUGAGAACCAGAAGGGCAAAGUGGCUCGUCUGGUGAGCCCUGUGGUUUAUUCCCAGAACUCAGCCCACUGCCUGACCUUCUGGUACCACAUGUCUGGUUCCCAUGUUGGCACGCUGAGGGUCAAACUACGCUACCAGAAGCCAGACGAGUAUGACCAGUUGGUCUGGACGGCCAUUGGGCACCAAGGAGAUCACUGGAAGGAGGGGCGUGUUUUGCUUCACAAAUCUCUGAAGCUUUAUCAGGUAAUUUUUGAGGGCGAAAUCGGAAAAGGAAACCUUGGCGGGAUUGCAGUUGAUGACAUUAGUAUUAAUAACCACAUUUCACAAGAGGACUGUGCAAAACCAGCAGACCUGGAUAAAAAGCACCCAGAAAAUAAAAUUGAUGAAGCAGGGAGCACACCAGGAUACACAGGCGCCGAAGAAGGUGACGAGAACAUCUCAAGGAAGCCCGGCAGUGUGUUGAAGACGCUGGACCCCAUCCUCAUCACAAUCAUCGUCAUGAGCGCCCUGGGGGUUCUCCUGGGGGCUGUCUGUGGCGUUGUGCUGUAUUGUGCCUGUUGGCACAACGGCAUGUCCGAAAGAAACUUGUCUGCCCUGGAGAACUAUAACUUUGAACUUGUGGACGGUGUGAAGUUGAAAAAAGACAAACUGACUACACAGAGUACUUACUCGGAGGCAUGAAGGCAGGCAGAGGUGAAAAGAUGAGUGAUAGAAUUGAGUGGAAGGACGGAAUUGAGCGUGCUGGGGAACUGUGGAUCUUCUCUUACUGUACAAGCUGGGAAGUGCGUUGAGGACGCCGAGCCAGGCUUAUCUCAGGAGCUUCAAUGAGUAUAGCCGACAGCCAUGAACGAAUGAGCUGUGUUAACAAUCGGAAUCAUGUACAGUCUGCUUUUUUUCUGUUGGUUUCAAUUGAAUAAUCACAUGCUGGUAUAUUGAGACCAAGUAGGAUUGACUUAAUGAUUCAUUUCUGACUCUCCCUCCCCCCAUCUCUCUCUCCUUUCCCUUUUAUGGAUUCUUUUUGGAAACUGUGCAAAAUCCAAGAUGCUGGCACCAAGUGUAUUCAGUGGGGCCCUUUUGAUGGACAUGCUACCUUUAGCCCAGUGCCCAGAAUAUAUUAGAAUAACUGCAUUUCCGUGGACUCCUGCAGCUGUACAUGUGUAUAAUUGGCCUCGUUGUGCAUAGGCAAAGGAUUAGGGUGUUUUCUUUUAAAAGUACAGUAGCCUCAGUGCCGGUAUAGUGUGUCAGCUCUGUUUACGAAGCAAUACCGUCAAAUUUUCUUGAUGUUUUCCAGUGUUGUACUAAACCUCGUGCUUGUGAACUCCAUGCAGAAAACUGUGCCAUCACCAGACAGUGCUGGCAACUGGGUGUACUGCCGACAACCGAAACGAUAAAUCCUUGGCACUGGCUAGUCUAUGUCCUCUCAAGUGCCUUUUUGUUUCUACUGGUUCUCAUUGUGUUACAUUAACAACCCACUCUGUUUCUGACUGGUGAAAGCCCUACUCUUUAAUUAGUCAAACCCUGGUGGCCCACUGACUGAGAAGAGAGUAUAUUUUAGUGUGAGAUGUCAGCCCCCGGGAAGGCAAGGGCUCAGAAGACUUGGCAAUGUGGCUUAAUUGUUCUGCUUUUUUCCGUAGUUCAGUUUCAUGUCUCUUGAUCCUUUUGUAUAAAGCUGCAAUAUUCUCUCUUAUUGUUCUUUCAUAUGGAAUGUAUUUUCAAAUGUAAACACUUCUCUCUCUCUCCUAUCUCUCUGUCUUUUUUUCUCUCUUAGAUUUUAAGCAUUUGCCAUUGUCCAGAAAAGAAACUUUCAGCUUUAACCUUGCUGGGAAUGGCAAACAAUUUUACUAGACUUUAUGUUUAAAAAUAAGUAAAUAAGGGAAAUUCCUAACUUUGCCCUCCAAAGUCUAACUUUGGUUUUCUUGUUAACUGGUUAAAGUGACAGUAUCUUUUUUCCUGAAGCCAUUUGUCUGUCUAUCCUGAUCAAAAUGCUCAUUGAUAAAAAUGUUUGAGUUUAAUAGAAGUAGUGAUAAUUUGAGGAAAGGAAUAAUAUUAAUUGGCUUUCAAGUGAGACCUGAAGGAAGGGCUGAAUAAAACCUUCUAAAUAUAAAAAAAAAAAAAAAAAAAA